AUGUCAUCCAUAGCUGCAAGUGAAAAUCGUGCACAAAAUUUCGUUAAUAAUAUAUUGGUUUCGUCAAAUGGCGAGCAUAUUCUUGGAAAUCAAUACGAAGAAGAUGAUGAAUUCUACGACGAGCCUCAUUUGGAUGAUGACGACGACGAAGCGUUAAUGCAAAAUUCAGCGACCAAUGAUACCAAUUCAGUCCCCGACACCACCACAAGUGCACAUCCCGACUAUGAUCUUCACCCAUUGUUAUUAGAUGAUAUCAACGAUAUAUUCACACAAGUUCCACCAGAAGAGUUAGCCGGUGCAUCAUAUCAAAUCGAUACAGAGAAUCCACGAUUAUUGCGAAUCAUAUUUCAAUUCUUUACGGAUUUUAUCGAAGGGGAAACGGCAUGUCAAUGGCAGAUUUGUAAUAAAACACUGUUAACUUGUCACAUAUUGGUUCAUAGCAAAUGUUAUCUCGAAGAAAAAGUUAUUGUUGAACACGUCUUUCAAACCUGUAGCUGUCAUCCUGCUUAUGCAUGCAAAGUUCCAUUCAUCGAACGACUCGUUCGCGAUUUCUUUGAAAAAGCAGCAAUCACUAUGGAAAAGUUAACAUACUCUCGCGCUGCUCUGAAUUCGAAACUACGUCUGAAGUAUUUCUUAGAGAUCAUUCCGAAGAUUAAACAAGAGAGUUAUCGUGAAUUAUUGGGUGAUGCAGUCGAUGAAACGCUUCUGAAUGAUUCGGUUGCAAAUGAAAUUCUCGAUAAUGAAAAACGAAUUGCUCGAAAACUAGAAUUGAUCAAAGCUCCUCGAAUUCAACCGUUAGAUGUCGAUCAACAUUACGAUCUCCUCGAUGAAAAACAUUUACCAUCACUCUACCACGGCCAUUUCGUUCAGUUUUGUAAAUAUAUUAUUUAUCGUUUGAAAAACCUCAAUACAUUGUGUGUCAUGUGUGGUAAACGAACAAUCGAUCGAGACACGAAGAAAGCCUUGAAACCGAUGAUCUGUAGUGAUUAUGAAUGCUUUAGCAAUGCAAUGGAUUCAAAAUUUCGCAAUGAUCCACUUCCACCGUCGAUCUUCUCUAUUGAAAUUGCUGAUUUUCUCCUUUUACUCGUUUCGGCCGCGAUUCGUUCUGGGCGUCAUGCAUUGAUUCUCGAUCCAUAUCCAAAACUAAUUAACCCCUACAAUACAUCCACUACCUUAAUCGAUGAGCAUGGAGACAAAGAUGCAAAUGUCGUUAUAUUGCGACAAAUUGUCGAUGAUAUUAUGAGAAUGAAGUCGAUUACACAAUAUGAAGCGGUGAAAAUCUCUUUGCGAAGUAUGCUGGAAUUGAAACAUCCAUGGGCAUUUUCAUUCUUCCAUUGGUUAAUGGGAACCAAUCGUUAUCAUUUCUCACGCAUUCCUACCGAACAUCAACUGACACAAGUUCACACUGAGCAUCAAUACUUUAUUAAACAUGAAGACCUGACUAAACAUGUCAAUUUUAAAAACUUACGAGCUCAAGUUGGAAGUAUAUUCGCCUUUCACGGUUCCCCGCAAGAAAAUUGGCAUUCCAUUCUUCGCUCCGGUUUACAAAUUGGUAAAGGUGGUUAUUUACUUAACGGUGCUGCAUACGGUGCAGGGAUUUAUGUUUCGCCCAGUUUCGAAUUUUCUGCAUCAUAUGUAUGGUCCCGUGCAAUGUAUCGUAGUAAUCCCAAUACUUCGACUUAUGAUCCGGAGGAAAAAAUUCAACCAUUAGAUCAACAAAAUUGGUCCUGCAUCGCUUUGUGUGAAAUUAUAAAUUCUCCUGAAGUUUAUAAAAAACAUUCAACAGAUAUUUGGACAAUACAAGAUCCGAAUUUAAUCUGCACACGAUUUAUAUUUUUUUAUCCGUCUGGACUUCAUAGUCUUCAUUUCCGCGUCGACUCAGAAGAGAUCGCGACAUCUAUACGAAAACUCAUUCACACAUUAAACAACACUGCUUGUUAA